AUGGUAACCCUCUCAGACUCUGGCUUUGAGAGCGAUCAGAACGAGGGUUUCGCUCCUUUCCUACACACCGGCUACAGACAUCCCAGACCGGGGUCACCUCACCACGCACCCCAGCACACCGCCUACAGACAUCCCAGAGCUGGAACACCUAACCACACACCCCAGCACGCCGGCUACAGACAUCCCGGACCGCCCAUCUACGCACCCAAGCAGACAGAUGACAGCCGCCCCAGACCAGGCUCAACCACCCACGCACCCAAGCACACCAACUGCAGCCCUCAGAGAGUAAGCUUGCCUGCCAACGCAUCCAGACACUCUGAGCACAGCCCUGUCAGACCAGCCUCACCUGCCCACGCACCCAAGCACGAACAACGCAGCUCUUCCAGACCAAGCUUACCUACCCACAUGCCCACACACCACAACUACAGUCCUCCCAUGCCCAGAGCAGCACAUCACCCCAGUGACACACCCACAUCUGACUUAGCAAGGUACCUGGUAAGAAGUCAACUUGUGUCAUCAGGACUGACCAGGUUCGAUGACAGGCCUGAAAAUUACUUAUCCUGGAAAAGCUCAUUCAUGAAUACGAUCGAGAGCCUAGAUCUUAGAGCAGGGGAAGAGCUAGAUUUGUUAAUACGGUGGUUAGGCCCAGAAUCUGCCACACACGCACGCCGCAUUAGAUCAGUAAAUGUGAGGGACCAGGCAGCAGGAUUGGGGCUCGUAUGGGAGAGGUUAGAGGAGAUGUAUGGUGCGCCUGAGGCUGUAGAGGGAGCUCUCUUUACUAAACUUGAGCAGUUCCCUAAAAUAUCACACAAAGAGUACCAUAGGCUUAGAGAGCUGUAUGAUUUGCUGUUAGAGAUCGACUCUGCAAAGCACGAAGGUUACCUACCCGGCCUAUCCUACCUCGACACAGCAAGGGGGAUAAAUCCAAUAGUGGAGAAACUGCCAUACUCACUUCAAGAGAAGUGGGUCAUGGAGGGCUCGCAAUACAAGGAAAAAUUCAGGGUUUAUUAUCCUCCUUUUGAUUUCUUUUUAGAGUUUAUACGCAGGCAAGCAAAGGCACGCAACGACCCAAGCUUUAGCCUUCUCACCCCGACCACAGCAAGCAGGAAAGAAAAGGUCAGUGAAAGUCACAGUAGUAACACAAGAUCAGUCUCUGUGUAUAAAACUGACACUACCCACUCACACUCCACCACUGCAAAUGAAGACCCAGAGAGACAAUGCCCUCUACAUCUAAAGCCACAUCCCCUACAAGUAUGUCGGGGUUUCAGGGAAAUGGCAAUUGAUGAACGAAAGAGGAUUCUACAGGAGAAGAACAUUUGUUUUAAGUGUUGCGCAUCAAACAAGCAUGUAGCCCGCAAUUGUGAGGCGGUAAUCAAAUGUACUGAGUGUGACAGCAAUAGGCACCCAACAGCGCUGCACCCAGGCCCAGCUCCAUGGAGCUCCACGAUCUCGCCACUCCCAUCAGAGAAUGGCGGGGAGAGCGAUUAAGUCAGACAUUGUGGUAGUGUAAAUAUGGCAUCUCUAAAGAUACCAGACGGGGAGUGUUCUGGCUACGCCAGCCUUUAACAGGAGAACCCUUAUUUUGACAAUUGUUUACUUUUGUACCCCAGCUGCGAGACUUAGAACGCGCAUAAUUCUUUGACAGUUUGUUAUCUCAAGCACUAGGCUACAUGAAACCCACCGGUUUAAUCUAUCGUUCCUUGUACGCAGCUAAAGGCAAUCCCUUUUCACAAUCUUCCAUAAACGACCAAACUUCA